UUGAUAUCAUCAUCUAGGCAGAUAUUUUCUUGCUGUGAAUUAGAAAAUUUAAUAAUUUCAUUUCCUUCCAACGAAAAAAUUUCGUUUGCAUUUAGAGAAUACCCUCAAAAAUAUAUUCUGGGAAGUUGUAUUACAACGUUUGCUUGAUAUUGCGUUUGUUAGCUCUUGUGUAAAGCUCUUUAUACACAUUUUAUGAACGCCAUAGGCGAUCAUUCCAUGUUGAUAAUUGGGCUGUCUAUGUCUCUAUGAGAAUGCGUGAAGACGUUAAUAUGGGCGCAAAAAUGCCAGCCUUGUUUGUGGAUAAGCACUUGAAUACCUCGUAUUUUUGUGGUCAUGUAAAACGUCGCAAAGGAAAUGGUUAAACAUAAAAUAUAGUAGAAACAAAUACAAAAUUUUGGGCGUUUUACACCCAGGAAUAUGGCAGGAUAUCGACAACUUAUGCGUCACCUCUCAGAAUGAGUGUGGGUUGUACUUCCGGCAGCAUUUAUAAGUGAACAUUGGCAACUUCCGGCCAUUGAACAAAGUUUCUUCUCAUGUGUGAAAGUUGUUUCAGUUUAAUAGUCUCUUUGAUAUGAGAAGAUCUAAACGAUAUACUUUGUUGAAAAUUUAUUUAAACGUUUAAAGUCUUAGUGAAAGAGAGAUGACGGAAUUUCGAAAGAUUUUCUCCUUAAUUUCGUGUGUGUUUUUGACGUUUUUGCCGGCGGUUUACACGGCGUCCCAGAAGUGCACGAAGGAUUCACUGGUAGACACGAGGACAAAACAAGAAGGAAACAUCACUUUCCCGUUAACAACAUCAAACUUUUCAAAGAAAACAUGUUACGUGGAAAUACGCUCUCCUUUCGGCGAGAGAACAGAGCUGAUUCUAGUGAAUGUACGAGAGGAAUCACCGAAUGAACCAUGCUUUGAAAAUUCUAUAGAAAUCCAGAGUAAAAAUAUAAAAAUUAACCAUGUAAGCAAUAUCAAGUUGUGUACAAGCGUUGGCGAUAGGACAAAAAUUGUGCUUACGUCGACGACCAUCGUGUUGGAAUAUAAAGCCGUAUUUCAAAAUGUAGUUGGCGAGAAAAAUACAGAAAGCGCUGUUAGCGUUCACUACAAAAUACUUGAUAUUCAGAACUCGACAAAAGUUUGUAGACAUGUGUUAACAGCCGAACAUGGUGAAUUUAAGACUGUCGGCUUUCCAGAUCGCCCACAAAAAGGAGAAUGUGAGUGGGUAAUUAGCAACGAUGAAGGGAAAGAAAUCUCACUUAAGUUUAAAAUCAAAAAUGCCACCAACUUGAAUUGCAUUACCAAUUACAUAGAUGUACUAGAAGUGAAGAGUGGUGAAUCACGUCUUUUGCUAAGAAUAUGCAAACACUCAAAGUCCAGAACAAUAAAAUCAUCUAGCAAACUGCGAAUAAGGAUAAAGUCGUCAAUGAACCAGGGUAUUGGUUUUUGGGCUACCUAUCAUGUGGUUAACCAUCAUCAGGUUACUCACAAUACAGACAAAUGUAAAGUUAAAGUGGUAAAUGAACCAUUCAAUUUUAAUUCACCAAGGACACUGUGCCAGACGUGGAACCUCACAGCACCACCAGGUCAAGUUGCGGCAUUAUCAUUUUUCAAUGUAUUUCUAGUAAGUACAGACAGUGCUUCGUGCAAGGGUAAUUUUCUAGAAGUUUGGGAUGGCAAGACAAGUUCUAAAUACUGUAAUGUUAAAAAAGCACCAAAGCUUAUUUUAUCGAAAGGACGAAAAUUGGUUGUUACUUACCAUUCAAUGGAGAAAGAGACGUUCCUAUUUAGUUUUCAAGCAAGCUUCACAUCAAUAUCUCCAAGCAGUUAUAAAACAAACUGCUUUGUUAAAAACAAGGAAUUAAGAUUUCAGUGUAACAAUGAACAAGUUAUUCCGUGUAAAUGGCAGUGCGAUGGUGCUAUGCAGUGUUCUGAUAACAGCGAUGAAAGUAUGUGCUCGGACAUUGAAGCAAGAUGGCAUAAACUUCAAGUGUUUGUGAUUGUUAUGGGAUCCAUUUGUGCAUCAACUGUUAUAUUCUGUGUUGGAUUGGUAUGCUUUAGAAAGUGCAUCAUUCAUGAUAGAUCGCUGUCAUCAAGGCGUGGAAGACGUUCAACCAACACUGACCAAGCUCCGCUUACACCUAAUGCAGACCUUCCCAGUCCUCCACCAUGCUACUUCACAGAUCAGGGUGAAGAGUCACCAGCUUCAAUUAUCCGAGGGACUUAUUUCUUUGGUGAUGAGUUCUCACAAAGUGGCAUCCAUAGUGCUUCAUUGUUCGGUAUCCCACCACCAAGAUAUCGUUCUACCGAAUCGGUUCACCAGUCAACCACAGAGACGAGAAGCAUAUGGCAGAGGAGUUUGUCUAGUAUUCCACUUGUGCCAACAGACACUUCAAGGAGUUCAGUGAUUGUUUCUCUUCCCGAGGAAGACCCGCCCAACUAUGAAAGCCUCACCGCAGAUAAAGAUGAAGCAAUCAUGUCACACAAUGAAGCUCUGAACAUUGAAACAACACAAGGUUUAGCAUGUGUCCAUGGAAACCUUGCUAGCUCUUCAAAUGAAUGUAUUGCUGAUGAUAACCUUGCCAUUGGAGAAGAACCUGAGACUUGUGCCAAUGAACUCAGCCCAAAUGAUGUAGUUAUAGCUGAUGAUAUUGGUAGAAUGAAUUCUGGUGCAGCCUUGAAUGUUUGAAGUUAUUCCACUUUGUUUUAGAAAAACCUUUUCCUUAUGGUAGCUAAGCCACUUCACGAGAUGACGUCAUGCAUACCUGUACAUUUCUUCCACAAAACUCUAAGUGUAUUAUAUCAGAAAGUAACAAAAUAAACACUCUAAAAAGAUUCACAUUAUGUUCAUAUAAGCUUGUAUUUAUUCAAGAGGCUGAACUCAAUUAUUUAAUAUUUACGACAAGUUUGAUACAUCGUUCAUAAACGUUUAUAAAACGACACUCACAACAUUGAUUUUGUUGAGAUCCUAUCAUGAUAAAUCUAAUCUUUUGUAAUAUAAUGUAUAAUAUUCACGUCUUCAAAUCAUUCAAAUAUACGAAUUUUAAAACUUAUUUGG